AUGGUGAGAGCGGUUGAGCAAGAACCAGAAAGCUACAGAUCGAGAUUGUUCGAUUUUGAGAAGACGAAGGAGAAGAACUCAUCGCCAAGUCACGUCAAGAUAAGGAACUCAGAUUCCGCGUUGAGAAGUGAAGAUCCAGACAUCGAUGAUGAAACUGUUUUCAAGAAAAACGCAGCCUCGAGCGUCCGGACAAUGUUACGGCUUCGACCGCCUCUAGCAAAGGACGAGCCGCCUCAGCCGUGUGAAGCAACCGAUGAAGAAUUACAGGAAAAAACAGGCAAGGGAGAUAACAUUUUGUAUUCAUGUUCAAAUCUUUCUCUUAGAUUAGUGAGCCAUCUUGAGGGUUAUUGUGUUGCAAGGUAA